AUGAAUUUAGAUGUUUCUCCUUAGCUGGGUAGCUUUGAGAGAGCAGAUUCUAAGGAUCCUGAAGACUACUUUAAACAAUAUCGCAUUUAAUUUAAUCAAUCUUAAAUGAAUAUUGAUAGCAUACAUAAAAUAAAAUUUAAAAAAGCUGAAGAAGAAGAGCAAGUAGCUUAAAAUGAACCUAUGUCAUUGCUUUAAAUCUAAUUUGAUAAAAUUGCUAUAUCCCCUAUUCAAAAUUCAAGAAAUUCUAACAUCUCAGAGAGUAAUAGGAAUAUAUAGAGCGACUCCAAUCCUAUGAAACAUUUAGGUCCAUACUCAAAUAAUAUGGGUAGUGAUUAAUUAAAUGAACUGCAUUUAGGAGUUGGUAGUAGCCAUUUAAACCCACCUUCUAAAUUCAACAAUAAAUCUAUUGAUUUUGAUUAUUAUAGUUCGAAUUAAGGCACACAUUAAAUAAUUGCUUAACAAAGCAACAAGACGAUUACUAUAAAAGAUAAAUAAGAUGAUGAAGAAAGCAAAGAUAAUUAAGACAAAUACAUAUCAAUGCAAAAAAUAGCUUUUGAUAAAAAGUCUUUUAAAAAUUAAGAUUACGAUGAGCUAUAUGAUUACAAUUAUACUGAUAGAGAGGAUAAUUUAACUUUGAAAUAAGAACCUAAUUCAAUUAGGGAGAUGUUAAGAUAAUCGUUGAAGAGAAUGUUUAACUUACUCAAAAUCGAAAGUGCUACUAUAUAACACGAAGUUUAACUAAAUGAAGAAUAGUAUAGAUUAAUUAAUGAUUUAGCAUCUGAUGUAACUGUUGCUUCUGAUGAAAAAUCAAAGACCUUUCUAUUUAAGAUAAUAAAAAGCAUUUGCUUUAUCACAAGAUUACCAACAUUAAACCCUUCUCAUACUCUCUCUUUAAUUUGGGAUGCAGCUUUAAUUAUUUUUUAUUUCUUAGCUUUUAUUUUACUCAGUAUUCAGGUAUUCUUGAAUUCUGGUAUAUAUAAUGAGUAAAAUAUAAUAAAUAAUUCUUGGAUGAGACCUACUUUAAUUGUGGUGCUCUUAUAAGAUAUAUUUAAAAAUUUAAUCACUGGAUAUUAUUGUAAAGGAAAAUACCAAUCAGAUUUGAAUUACAUUAUUUAUCGUUAUGUAAAAUGGUAUUUUAUUUUUGAUUUAAUACCCUUUAUACCUUUGGUAGCUUAAGCAGAAGAAUAUUUAAACUUUGGAAUAAAACUAGCUUUUUCAAUUUUGUAUUUGUUUAAAAUUGUUAGCGUAAGACUUUGUUUAGAAAGAAUUAGGCUGUCUUGGAAUGUCACAAAUACAAACUAUGUUAAAAGAUAAUUUAUUAAGCUAUUGAUUUGCUACAUUCUUUUUAUUCAUUUUUUUGGAAUAAUAUAUCAUGGCUUAAGUCUGAUAGAAAUAGAUUAAGAUUAUGAUAGCGAAAAUUCAUGGCUAAAAAGAUAAAAUUUAUAUCCAAACACUUCAAAUAAUCAUAUAUAAUAUCCUUCUGUAUGGACAAGAUAUUUAUAAUCUUUACUACAAGCUGCUCUUAUAUUAUCUAGCCAAUCUUCUCAAAUUCCCUAAACCAGAUUAGAAUAGUUAUUCUCUAUAAUUGCUUCAUUUUUUUCACUAAUUUUAUUUGCCUACUUCUUUAAUGAAUUAUAUAUUUCCUUCAAGAAAAUCGACAAAGAAGACUAAAGUUUAUUAGAAGAAAAAAGGCAUGUUAGUCACUAUAUGCAAUAAAUGAAUGUAUCGGGAAGCAUAAGAGGAAGAGUUGCAAAUUACUUAGAGUAUUUACAUGAAAAGAAAGCAAAUAUUAAAGCUUUACAUUCUACAGAACUAGUUUUAAAGAAAUUACCAAAUGACUUAAAAUCUGAUUUAAUUUAUUCUACUAAAAGUUACUUUGUUCCAUACUUCUAACCUAUGCUUAAAAAAUUUUCAAAAUCAACUAUCAACAAUAUUUAUAAAAUUAUCGAAGAACAUUCUUAUUAACCAGGUGAAAUUAUAUUUUAAGAAGGUGACUAAUCUCAGCCUUCUCUAUAUGCUAUUAUUUCUGGGAAAGCGGAAUUGUAUCUUUCUGGUUCAUAAAUAUUAAACUCUUUGUAAUCUUAGUAAAUUAGCUCAAAUAGAUCAUCUUAAUAAAAAUCUUUAAAAGUUCAUGCUGUAAAUCCAUCUAAAACUUAUACUAGAUUAGCCCUUCUGAAAAGUAGGGAUUGUUUUGGAGAUAUAAGCUUUUUUACAAGCUUACCUCCUUCAGCCUCAGCAAGGUGUACUGAGUUCUGUACAAUUGUUAAAAUAGAUAGAUAAAAAUUUAUAGAUCUUUUGAAUGAACUAAAUUUAGAAGAGGAUUUUGAGAUGAUGUGCAUGCUAAGAGAUGAAAUUAUAUUUAAAAAGAAUUAUAGAUGCAUAAAUGCUCGCUGCUGGUGCUGUUAAAAAUUUGGCCAUCUUGCUAAUUAUUGCAAAUUGACACAUUUUUAUCCCUUAAAAUCAAGAAUAAUUUAAACAAGAACUUCAAACUACAAACAACAGCGCUAGCAAUUUUUUGACAGGAAAAAAUAAACUAAAAAAUAUUCAUUCUUAACUAUCACUUAGAGAUAAACAAAAUUUCAUGAAGACUAUGCUGAAGAGAUAUCAAAUUAUAUAGAAAAAUAUUAUCCUGGAUAAAGUAAUCAUAGUGAUUAUCUUCCAUCUAGCUAGUCAGCUACAAGUGCAAAUUAGCAAUCCUCAAACACAGAAAUAUUAAGUGAUAAAGUGGAAUAUGAGUAGCAUAUGCAUGGUGGUCCUGGCAGUAAUUUAGAUUUACCACAACCUUUUAAUUCAAACUUUAAACCAAGUAAUACUUUGAAUGAAUCUUCUAUGAUAAGAUAAGCUGGAUCUUCAAAAGUAAAGCACAAAGAUUCUACAGAUAGUGCUGAUAUGAUGUUAAAAGAAAUAAAGGAUUCCAAAGGAAGAAAAGAUAGUGCCCAAACAAAAAAUUCUAAUGAUUCCUUUAUCAAGCAUAAAAACACUAACCGCUCAUCAAAUAAAAAAGACUCUCCUGUUGAAAAUAUCUAAAAAAUAGAAUAAUUAGCUGAUUCAUCUAAUAAAAGAAAAGAAAGCAGUGAUAGCUCAUUUUCUAAGCCUGAAUCAUUAAUUAGAGAUAAAACUCUCAAAUCAUAAAAAACAAGAGGUACGUAAAAGACCAACAAAACAAAUAAAAGCGGUUCAAGUCUUUAUAGAAGUAAAUUUGAACACUCUGUUCCUACUUAAAGAAUGGAUUCAAGAGCAUCAUUUGCUUCUAUUACAACUCCUCCACCAAAAGUAUCAACUCCUCAGUAAAAUAUCUCUUAGGAUAACACUAAAAUAUUAGUUACGACAUCUGCGACAAAAUAAAAUCUCAAAAAUAACCCAUAGGCACCAGUGAUUGCUGUUCCAAAUGCACCUGAAAAUCCAGAAUCUUAAUAGGAUUUGAGUUACGAAUUGGUUUUACCAAAAAUUGAGCUAGUUUUAACAAAUAAUAAUAUCCCAAAAUAACCACUAAUUGAUAAUUCUCCUGAUCACAAUACUAACUUUAGUUCUAUGAAUUUAGACUAAUAAUCUUACUACAGUAAAUCUGAAAGUAAUUUAAUACCUGGAAUAAGCUCUCUUUAUGUUGAAAGUUAGCAUAGGCACUUCGUUUAGGGUAGCCUACUUGAAUUCGAUUGCAUGAAAAACUUCAAAGUUUAUAAUACUAAAAGCAAUCCUAGUAAUGUUCUUGAAGCUCCUAGCUUACCCAUAAAUUUACAUAAAAGAUAAUCAAAGAAAAAAGUAACAAUUAUUGCAAGUUGA